AUACAUUUCGCAUUAAUCAUAUGUAUUUUUUAUUUUUUUUUAAUAUCUGAACCGAUGAUCGGCCUUUGAGUGGCAUCUAAGUUACACGCGCCCCUAUCUAGUUUUUCUCAGCUCCGUUUUUCGUCGUUACUAGGGUUUGGAGGCACUUUGGUGGUCGGCGAGCUCGCCGGUCUCGGAGCGACCUUGCCUCUUCGGAUAUUGUGCAACAAGAUGGAAUAGUCGAGAUCCGGUGUCAUCCGGCGGUGCUUCUCUCUCUUCUAGCGUGUUCGGUUUGGUCCAUGUAGUGGCGAACUUCAUAUGAUAGCCUCUCUACUCUGGUAUUUUUUUGGCAGUACGGUGGUGCUCUCGGUUAGAGGACACCGGUAGGUAGCUGGAAUCCGUUAGUUAGUUAUCGGGACUGAAGUGUUGGGCUUUGAUUCGACGAGUGCGUUGUCGGCGUCGGCGGUUCUGGUUACUGGAAUGGCGGUUCCUGUAAUCUUUGUUUCUAGUCGGUCCAACCGUCUCCUCCUCUCCGUGAAGAAAGGACACUCCGUCGGUGGCUUGCGAUGGUGACUGGAGUAGGAUCUGGCACUGGCCUUGGACACCCCGGCCCAGUGAUGCUCAGGGAACCAGUACGCAGGUUGUAGUGUUCAACAGAGGAGGAAUCUCUUCCUCGUCUUCUUCCCACGGCUUUUUCCUUUUUUUAGAUGUAUAUUAUAAUGGCUUAAUCGCAUUGUAAUCUACUAUGCAGUUUCCAGUAUAGCGAAGCCUCAAGACUAAGUCUGAGACAGAUCGGAUAUCCGGGUAGUUUUAAGAUAUCCGGAUCUGGAUUUUUAUCCGGCGGAUCCAUAAUUAUACUAUCCUUAUCCGGAUCUGGGGUUCUCGAAUGUCCGGGUGUCGGAUAUCUUUCUAAAAAUUAUAAUAUUUGGAUCCGUAUUUGGAUCCUUAAAAUAAAUAAAAGAUAUAUAUAAAAUAUUAACAAUAAUUUUAAAAUAAAAAUAUAUAUAAUAUGUUUAAUUAUUUUUAUGUAUAUUAUUACAAAAUUUACAUAAAUUUAUAUAUACUAUUAUAAAGAUGAAAAUAUAUUAAAUAAAAUUAGUUUUUAUAUGUAGAUAUUACUAUUUUUGAAAUAUUUAUUAAUAAAAUUUACGGAUCCGGAUUCGGCUUUGACAGAUCCAACAUUUUACUAUCCGAAUCCGGAUUCGGCCUCUCCGGAUAUCCGGAUUUUCGGAUCGGAUCCGGAUCGGAUCUCGGAUCGAAUCCGGAUCUCGGAUAAAAGUCUCAGGCCUACUCAAGACCACCAUUAACCCUAGUCUCUUAACUGGUGUUCUUAGCUUCGGUUAAGAGAUGAUUCUUAGCUUUUUUUAGAUUUUAACUAAAAAAAGUUAAGAACCGUCUUUUAAAUAAGAUAUAUAAGAAACUGAGGUUAAUCCUUGAAAUGUUAAAAAAGAAAGAGACCGAGGUUAAUCAUGUACUCGUGUACUAUUUUGAAUUUUUUUUAUUGGGGUUAAGAUUUUAAUUAAUAUAUAUUUAUUUAGAAAAAUAUCCAAAACACAAAUACACACAAGAGGCUAGUACUUAGUAGGCUACAUAGUUAAACUAGUAAUAAUCCUUGAAGUGUAGCCAUCAAUUAACAUGGCAAAAAUUUAAUUAAAAAAAACCUUCUCCUUUGUCUCUACUUAAGAGCCACAAUUUGCCCUUUCCUUGAUUUUAAUUCCAAUUAAAAAGGAUGGCUAGUACAGGUCAAAACCUCACACGCUUUUUUUUUUUUUUUUUUUUGGCAUGCUCAUCGAAGACACGUGCUCUCGUCACUCUUCUCUGAUAUGAGCUGGCUCCACAAAAGGUUCCUUUUAGGAAACUCCCUCUCCUCCCCAUUGCCUAUAAAACCAAUUCAUCUCUCCCACUUGAUUUUCCAUCUCAAACAAACUUCCAUUAGAGACAAUUUACAAACACAUUCUUCAAAUUCCCACACGAAUUGGGUUUUGUCCAAAAAUUAAAUAUAAUGGAUUUCUCCGGCAUGUUUCUCAUUUUCUCUGCGGCGGCUCUGUUUCUAUGUUUACUCCGGUUCAUAGCCGGAUUCCGUCGAAACUCCUCCUCGAAACUCCCUCUUCCUCCGGGAACAAUGGGUUAUCCUUACGUAGGCGAAACGUUCCAGCUUUACUCACAAGACCCAAAUGUGUUCUUCGCAUCAAAACAGAGAAGAUACGGAUCGGUGUUCAAGACUCAUGUACUGGGAUGCCCAUGUGUGAUGAUCUCGAGCCCUGAAGCUGCCAAGUUCGUCUUGGUUACGAAAUCUCAUUUGUUCAAACCAACUUUUCCGGCGAGCAAAGAGAGGAUGCUCGGAAAGCAAGCCAUCUUCUUCCACCAAGGAGAUUAUCACGCUAAACUCAGGAAGCUCGUCUUAAGAGCUUUCAUGCCUGAUUCAGUCAGAAACAUGGUCCCACACAUCGAAUCAAUCGCUCAGGAAUCACUCAGUUCUUGGGAUGGAACUCAGCUCAACACUUACCAAGAAAUGAAAACAUACACUUUCAAUGUGGCGUUAAUCUCAAUACUCGGAGAAGACGCAGUCUUUUACAGAGAGGAUCUAAAACGAUGCUACUACAUUCUUGAGAAAGGUUACAACUCGAUGCCGAUUAAUCUCCCGGGAACACUAUUCCACAAAGCCAUGAAAGCUCGCAAGGAGCUUGCUCAAAUCCUCGCAAACAUCUUAUCGAAGAGAAGAGAAACCCCAUCAACGCACAAAGAUCUUCUUGGAUCAUUCAUGGAAGACAAAGAAGGGUUAAGCGACGAGCAAAUCGCUGACAACAUAAUCGGAGUUAUCUUCGCGGCAAGAGACACAACAGCGAGUGUGCUGACGUGGAUCCUCAAGUACUUAGCAGAUAAUCCAACUGUCCUAGAAGCUGUCACUGAAGAACAAAUGGCUAUAAAGAAAGCGAAACAAGGAGAGAGUCUAACUUGGGAAGAUACAAAGAAGAUGACACUAACUUCUAGAGUUGUCCAGGAGACAAUGAGAGUUGCUACAAUCUUAUCUUUCACAUUCAGAGAAGCUACUGAAGAUGUUGAAUACGAAGGAUAUUUGAUACCAAAGGGAUGGAAAGUAUUGCCACUAUUCAGAAACAUUCAUCACAAUGCUGAUUUCUUUUCGGAUCCGGGCAAGUUUGAUCCAUCAAGAUUUGAAGUUGCACCGAAACCGAAUACAUUCAUGCCAUUUGGGAAUGGGAUCCAUUCUUGUCCAGGCAAUGAGUUAGCUAAACUUGAAAUCUCUAUUCUAAUCCAUCAUCUCACCACUAAAUACAGGUGGUCAAUCGUGGGACCUAGCGAUGGAAUUCAGUAUGGACCGUUUGCCCUUCCUCAGAAUGGAUUGCCUAUUGCCUUAGAACGAAAACCAGAGGUGGACGUUUAGAAAAUUACAAGAGCACCUCCUUAGCUUCUAAAAUUAGGUGGAAAAUUCUUUUUCAUUUUAGUGGCAAAUUAUUUCACUGGCUAAGAAAUAAAAUUAUUAGACAUGAAAAGGGAAUAGGAAAAAAAAAUCCCUAAUGGGACCCUAAAUGUAAAUAGUUUUCAGUUAUUUUAAAUAUAUUUUUAGUUUAGGUUUAUGAAAUGUAGAGAAUUAAAAUUUUGGAGUAAUAGGAAAAUAGGUUAUUGUAAGAUGGCUGGCUAGUCCGUUAUUGAGACUUUCCCUUUUUUGUUAUUUCUCUCAAAUUGUAAAUUAUUUUGUUAUAUCAAUGUAAUGAAUAAAAUUAUGGAA